GGUGGAUGCCUAAAUUUUUCAAGGAGUAUAAAGCCUUGAUCAGUAUAUUGCAAUCAGAGAGCGAUACAUUGGCAUCGAUUCUCCAAAAUGGCCGUCGUCAAAAAGUAUAUCUGAAGCACAUCUUCGUGCGCCGAGCAGACCGUUUAGUGAAAAGCAUCCGUCGAAGUCUUGUCCCGUCGCUGCUUCGAGAUAGCGCCCUCGGCAAUGAUCACAAUCCACGUUUGACAGCGGCGUUGCAUCGAGCCCAUCGAUGCUGCAAGAUGGCGGCUGAGGCGGCAACCAAUGAAUUGGCGGCUGGCCGAAUCGACACCGCUGCGCUGGCCAUGGCAUUACUGGGCUGCGUUGCACGGCUUGGUUGCGCGUUGGGUCGCGUAUUGCUCUUAGUACAGGGUCGAGACCAUUGUGUUUCUCUAUGGGGUGCUGACUACGUGAGUCGAUUAGAAAAUUUGGUGCAGCCGUCAUCAAGCAGAAAGCAACCUCGGGAUAGAGCCAACCCCAAUGAUGGCAUCGUAAGCGCGAAGAAGGUCAGACUGGAAAACAGCAACCCAACCUUCGGAAAUGUCAUUGAUUCACUUAUUUAGACACGAUGCUUGAAGUGGCUUGGCUAAAUAAAAGUGGUAACAAUGAAAAACCAAUUUUCCAAUGCGUUAUGUGGACUUGUUUUUCGAUGCGACUUUUAAUAAAAUGCAGAUUUUAAGGGUCCAAACGUCUUAGUUGCAGUGUGACACCAUAAGCAUCAAAA